AUGUUAUUCGGGGUGAAGCUACAAAAUGAGAUCUAUCCUCCUUGGAAAAACUAUUACAUUGACUAUGAAGGUUUGAAGAGGAUGCUAAAGGAGAACGUUCUCGUUUCGGGUAGAGAAAAUUGGGGAGAUGACGAUGAGAAAGCAUUUGCCGCUGAGCUCGACUCUGAAUUGGAGAAGGUUUACACGUUCCAGGUGUCCAAAUAUAAGGAAUUGGAUGAGGAAAUUUCCAAGUUGGAGAUGCAAACUGAGAAGUAUUUGGAGGGUCUGUCGACUGAUAAGAAUCCUUUUCUUGAUAGUGAGCCAUUCCAAACAAAAUUGGAAGAGUUACUUUCCGAAACAAAUGAACUCGAUCAUUUUUCCCGUUUGAAUUUCACGGGUUUCAAUAAGAUUGUAAAGAAGCAUGAUAACUUGCAUAAGGGGUACUCUGUCAAGGCUUUGCUCAAUGUGAGAAUGAAGUCGCUACCUCUUAACAACAUUAGUGAGGACACCUCGCCUUACCUUUACAGAAUUUCUGUAUUGUACACUUUCCUUAGGGAGCAGAUACCUGGUGAUCAGGAUUUAUCUUCUUCCCUUUCCAAUUCUAUUCGCAGACUUUCUACCUCGGGUAAACUCUCCAGUACUCCAAGUGCCACUGCCCGUGGGCAAGAGAACCUCAAGGUGUUGAAGUUUUGGAUCCAUCCUGAUAAUUUAAUGGAAAUCAAGACGGCCAUCUUACGUCACCUUCCUGUCAUGAUUUAUAGCAACCGUUCUGGUGAGGAGGAAAAUGAGGAAUAUCAUUCCGAUCCUACAAUUGCUUCUCUAUACUUUGACAAUAGCAACUUUGAGUUGUACAAUGCCAAAUUGUUGAAGCAGAAAUCAGAGACUCCUUCUUUGCGUAUUCGCUGGACUGGCAAGCUCAAAGAUAACAGCGAAGUCACUGUUGAAAAGAAAACUUUCGACUAUGACACCGGUGAUGAGGAAGAUGUUAGGUUAAGCUUGAAGAAGAAGUACAUCAACGAUUUUAUCUUUGCUGGUAAAGAGAAAAAGAACUCUUCUCAGGAUAAAGAUGCCGAUGACGACUCUCCUGAUGAUAAUCUUGACAUGGAUAUUGAUACUGGUCUGGAGGAUAAUCUUGCCGAUGUGCACCACAACCACGGUUAUAGGAUCAGCAAUAAGUCUCCUUUAACUCUUGACAAGUAUGUCAGACACUUACAGAAGAGAGGGUUGCCCAAUGUUACCGUUGAUAAGUAUGCCAGAAACUUUAAGGAUUUACAAGAUUUUGUCAUCGGGCAUGAUUUGCAACCUUGUAUGCGUGCCAUGUACACCCGUACGGCAUUUCAGAUGCCUGGCGAUGAUCGAUUGAGGAUAACUAUUGAUUCUGAUAUUCUCUUCGUUAGAGAGGAUGCUUUUGAUUCCAACAGACCAAUUAGAGAUCCAAAUCAAUGGCAUAGAAACGACAUUGACUCGAAUGUCGAUGAUCCAUUUUCACUGCUUCGUAAAGGGGAAUACACGAAGUUCCCUUACUCCGCCAUGGAAAUUAAGAUUUCCUCUUCUAUCACUAAUAAUCCACAAUCCAAGACUCUAAGGUGGGUUAGUGAUCUUGCAAAUGGCCACUUGGCUAAGGAAGUGCCGAACUUUUCGAAAUUCAUUCAGGGUAUUUCUUCUCUAUUCUUAGAAGAUGAUAAUUUGGAGAUUUUGCCUUUCUGGCUUCCAGAUUUGGAUGCCGAUAUUCGCAAGGAUCCCGAACAGGCUUAUAAGGAUUCUAAGAGUAGGCAGUUGAAGCGCGAUCAGCUGGCGGAUGUCUUGAAGAACUUGCGUAACAAAAUUGGUGAAUCACCAACUAUAAUCACUAAAAGUGGUACCUCACAUUUGGAUAAGAUCAUUGAAGAGGGUGAGGAUUUGGAUGUUGAUGAUUCUUCUGACGAAGAUUCUUCUAUUCCAACUUCAGGCUCUUCACAAUCUCAGCAUCAACAGGAUGCUAGUGGAAAGUCAGUUGCAGCCGUUUCAGGUGCUCAGGCUCGUGAAAGGCGUAGGUUGUCUGAGGUGCAUGCUCCUUCAGUUGCGCCUGCUAACCUAUAUGUGGAUGAACAUCGUCAUGCCAUGAAACUGGCUUCCAGCAAGAAUAUGGAGAGGAAUAAGGACUUUACGGAGACUUUCAUGCCCAUAUUCACUAAAUCCUCCAAACUCGAAGGCUACGAGUCUGAAGAUGAAGAGAUUAAUCUGCCUACAGGUGUCGUUAAGCCAAAGGUAUUGAUCAGGCAAUCUGGACCAAUAAAAGUGGAGGCAAAGGUGUGGAUGGCCAAUGAGAGAACGUUCGUCAGAUGGUUACAUAUUACCUCGUUGCUUACUGUCUUGACCUUCACCAUUUUCUCUUCCAUUCAGUCGACACAUUUUCCUGAAUUGGCCAUUGGCACUGCUUAUAUUUACUUUGCCCUUACUGUGUUCUCUGGUGUCUGGGCUUAUGCUAUUUAUUCUCGAAGAUUGGAAUUGAUCAAACAAAGAUCUGGAAGACAUUUGGAUGGCAUGUUUGGGCCCUUGGUCUUGGCUGGUGCUUUGAUCGUUUCCUUGGGCUUGGAGUACUACGUGGGUGUAAGGAAGUACGUUGACUCGAACGCUUUGUUUGCCGUCAGCGCGACAUCCCAAACUUUCCUAUUGGAUUUUCCAUCUCAACAAGUGCAGGAUCUUCACCCAAUUCUUCAAUGGACUUUAAAAAAGAUGGUCAGUAUUGUUAACUAA